GGGGCGCCAUUUCCUGUAGCCCUCCCUCUCAAAAUGCCUUGGGCCUGGAGCAGGACCUCCAGAGCAGCAGCAGCAGCACAGGGGCCAUGCGGCUCAUAAGGAUCCUGGGGCGGAGGAGGAGACUGGUUAGAAGAGCCCAUCACAACUCCCCACUUGCUACAGAAAACUUCAUGAUUUAGAGACUUCACUAAGCAAGCGGUAAAUAUGAGAACAAAUCCUGCAAUCCAGGCUGCCAUUGACCUCACAGCUGGGGCUGUAGGAGGCACUGCGUGUGUGAUGACAGGCCAGCCGUUUGAUACUGCCAAGGUGAAAAUGCAGACAUUCCCCGACAUGUACCGAGGGCUUAUUGACUGUUUUGUGAAGACUUACAAGCAAGUGGGUUUUCGAGGCUUCUACAAAGGGACCACCCCAGCACUCGUUGCAAACAUUGCUGAGAAUGCCGUGCUCUUCAUGUGUUACGGUUUCUGCCAAAAUAUUGUGAGGAGGAUUGUUGGACUAGACAAGAAAGCAAAGUUGAGUGACCUUCAAAAUGCUGCUGCUGGCUCCUUUGCAUCUGCCUUUGCAACAUUGGUCCUCUGCCCCACAGAGCUUGUGAAGUGCCGCCUGCAAACCAUGCAUGAAAUGCAGUUGUCUGGGAAAAUAGUGCAAGGACACAAUACAGUUUGGUCAGUAAUCAAAGCUGUUCUGCAAAAAGAUGGCCCCCUCGGAUUCUACCGUGGACUGUCCAGCACUUUGCUACGGGAAAUUCCAGGGUAUUUUUUAUUCUUUGGAGGCUAUGAACUGAGUCGGACAUUUUUUGCAUUUGGGAGACCCAAAGAGGAAUUAGGUCCUGUUGCAUUGAUGGUCAGCGGUGGCAUUGGUGGCAUAUGUUUAUGGAUUGCUGUGUAUCCAGUGGACUGCAUCAAAUCAAGAAUCCAGGUUCUUUCCAUGGCAGGAAAGCAAGCUGGCUUUAUGGGAACAUUUGCAAGUGUGUUCCAGAAUGAAGGUGUGUUUGCCUUGUAUUCUGGACUGAAACCUACUAUGAUUCGUGCUUUCCCAGCGAAUGGAGCAUUGUUCCUUGCCUACGAGUACAGCCGGAAACUAAUGAUGAACCAGUUUGAUACAUAACACUUUAUAGACUUCAUAUCAUUAGAUAUGUUUAUGGAUCACAAGAGUGGUCAUUGUGGCACAACAGUCACACCGCUGUAAAACUCCUCUUAAAGCAAUUUUAACAGGUUGUGGUUUUGUUUUUAGGGUAUUUGGAGACUUCAGUAAACAUGCUGGGUUUUCUAAACUUCUGUCUGGUUUGUUGUUCUGUGUACCUCAACAGUAAUAAGUAACAUCUUCUGUACAAGAUCAUCACAAUAUUCUAUUACAGGGGGUUACUAUAUGGGUGGGGCAAUUCUUAAGAGCCAGUGUGGUGCAGUGGUUUGAGC